AUGAGUGAGAAAUCACUUAACAACAAUGAGUAUGGAGUGGAUAAUCCCAUUCCCAUCUUCAUCCAUGAAAAGCCUCACAGGAAGGUACUCACAGGACUCAAAUUACUUACUGAAUCAUACAAAACUGUUGGAUCACACUACAAAAUCAGACCUUCUACUGAUAAACAACAAGAUCAUGUUUCAACCCACCAAACCCAAUUACCCCAUGAUCUACUUAUGCACCAUAUACUUGCAAAAAUGCCCAUUAAAUCCUUACUUCAAUCCAAAUUAGUGUCCAAACAAUGGUAUUCUACUGUUUCCUCUAAUGAAUUUGCUAAUCUUCACUUAAAAACUUGUUUUUCUUCUUAUUAUCCCAUGAUUUCUCAUGUAGAAUGCCUCUUUAUACAAGCAGAAAAAGGAUUCUAUCUUUUCCACAUUCAAGAAGAAGAUGUAGUGAUUCAUUAUAGCUUGGUAAAACUAGAGCCUAAUUUUGGGUAUAACCCACAAAAUAAGCUAUAUUUAGUAGGUUCCUGUAAUGGGUUAGUAUGCUUAUCUGAUUCUGUUACUGGUUAUUUCUAUUUAUGGAAUCCUGUUAUUUACCAUUGGAUGAGAUUUUCUGAUUUCUUCUUGGGUUCGGGCUAUAAAUGUCACGCGAGUUGGGGUUUUGGCUAUGUUUCCUCUGCUAAUGACUAUAAGGUUGUGAAGAUAGAGCAAAAGUAUGACACAAAUGAAGUCAUUGUGCUCUUAUUUUCGUUGCAGACUAAGGUAUGGAAACAGAUUUUUGAUCAUGGGCUCGAGGAUGGUGUUUCGUUAACCAAAACUAGCCCCGGAGUUUUGGUUAAUGACACCCUCUUUUGGAUUAUAGAUCACCCAAUAAAGAGGCAUAUUGUUGUUGGUUUUGAUUUGGUUCUCGAAAAGUUCGAGGAAAUACCUGGUCUUACACCAAGGAGUAGUGUAAGUUUUCGAGAUCAUUUUUUGUGUGUUAUGGGCGGGUGCUUGGCAUUGUACAGCUCGAACUUGUACAAGAAGGGUUGUGUAUCGAUUUUGAAACCAUCGGGACAUGUGGAUUCGAUUUCAGUUUGCUCCAAAUCGGAUUCUUGGUCGUGUACUAGCUUGGUAGGAUUUACUAGGACCGGUAAGUCGCUUGUGGUUUCGAAGAAUUGGGAGUUGGGUGUGAUUGAUCUGGAUUCAUCUCCUAGAGAGUAUUUAACCCUAAUAACCUUUGACAAAACUAGGGAUAAUCCUUGCAUAUUGAGCUUUUUUCCUAGUUUGAUUUCACUUAUGAAAGUUUGA